AAUUAGAAUCAGAUUCUCUCUCUGUCCGUUUUUCGUCUUCUUUCUCUUUCUGACUUCUGAGUUUCUGAAGCCAAAACUGUCAGUGCAGCAUCGGUUACACCUUCAUAGGAACAAAGAGACAUCCAAGUCAGUCGCCAAAACAAACAGAGUUUUUGAGAUGAGUGUGAUCGAUUUGAUCACGAGGGUUGAUACGAUAUGUAAGAAAUACGAGAAGUACGACAUCGAUAAGCAAAAGGACCUCAACAAUGUCUCUGGCGGCGACGCAUUUGCUCGUCUCUACGGCGUCGUUGAGGCCGACCUUGAAGCUGCUCUUCAGAAAUCGGAGACUGCGGCAACUGAGAGGAGCAGGGCUUCUGCGGUUGCUAUGAAUGCGGAAAUUCGACGAACCAAGGCUCGAUUGCUUGAGGAGCUACCCAAAUUGAGAAGACUUGCUCCUAAAAAGGUGAAAGGGCUUUGGAGAGAAGAUCUUGAAGCUCGGAGCGAUUUGAUUUCUGUACUGCAAGAGAGGAUAGAAGCAAUACCUGAUGGAUCAACAAGUGGAGCUAAACAAGCCAGUGGUUGGACAGAUUCAACCUCGUCGUAUGCAGGCAUUAAAAUUGACUCAACUUCAGAUGGGAGAUUUGAUAGUGAGUACUUCCAACAAACUGAGGAGUCAGAUCGCUUUAGAAAUGAGUAUGAAAUGCGAAGAAUGAAACAGGAUCAAGGUUUAGAUGUUAUAGCAGAAGGGUUGGACACAUUAAAACAUAUGGCCGGUGACAUGAAUGAGGAAAUAGAUAGACAAGUGCCUUUGAUGGAUGAAAUAGAUGAUAAGGUUGAGAGGGCAAAUGCUGACCUUAAGAACACCAAUGUGAAACUCAAGGAUACCAUAAUCCAGCUUAGGUCCAGCCGGAACUUCUGCAUUGACAUUAUACUCCUGUGUCUAAUUUUAGGAAUCGCGGCUUAUCUGUACAAUGUGUUGAAGUGACUUUGGUGAUCCAUCAAGUAUUUCCCCUAGUUCUCUACUAUGGUCUGCCUGUUUACUCAAUUUCAGUGCUGAUGGAUGAUGGUAUACAAUACAUAUACAUUUGGUUUAAGAAAUUGCACAGCGAAACGGCCCAAACCAUUAUUGAGCUUCUGAAUUGGUACAAUGGUAACAUUGCCAUGGUGUGCAAUCCAGGGCACACAAGAUUUGUAUUCUGUCUUCUAGAGCUCUUUUAUGGGUGUAAUCACAUAAUAUAAGUGACAUGGAACCUUCAUUUAUUUGAUUUAUGGAACAUGUUUGUCAAGUCACGCUAUU